AUGAACUACCUGCGGCGCCGCCUGUCGGACAGCAACUUUAUGGCCAAUCUGCCGAAUGGGUAUAUGACAGACCUGCAGCGUCCGCAGCCACCCCCGCCGCCGCCCGGUGCCCACAGCCCCGGAGCCACGCCCGGUCCCGGGACCGCCACUGCUGAGAGGUCCUCCGGGGUCGCCCCCGCGGCCUCUCCGGCCGCCCCUAGCCCCGGGUCCUCGGGGGGCGGUGGCUUCUUCUCGUCGCUGUCCAACGCGGUCAAGCAGACCACGGCGGCAGCAGCUGCCACCUUCAGCGAGCAGGUGGGCGGCGGCUCUGGGGGCGCAGGCCGCGGGGGCGCCGCCUCCAGGGUGCUGCUGGUCAUCGACGAGCCGCACACCGACUGGGCAAAAUACUUCAAAGGGAAAAAGAUCCAUGGAGAAAUUGACAUUAAAGUAGAACAGGCCGAAUUCUCUGAUCUCAACCUUGUGGCCCAUGCCAAUGGUGGAUUCUCUGUGGACAUGGAAGUUCUUCGGAAUGGGGUGAAGGUCAUGCGGUCUCUGAAGCCGGAUUUUGUGCUGAUCCGCCAGCACGCCUUCAGCAUGGCACGCAACGGAGACUACCGCAGUUUGGUCAUUGGGCUGCAAUAUGCUGGAAUCCCCAGUGUUAACUCCUUGCAUUCUGUCUACAACUUCUGUGACAAGCCCUGGGUGUUUGCCCAGAUGGUUCGACUGCAUAAGAAACUGGGGACAGAAGAAUUCCCUCUAAUUGAUCAGACCUUCUACCCUAAUCACAAAGAAAUGCUCAGCAGCACAACAUACCCUGUGGUUGUGAAGAUGGGGCACGCACACUCUGGGAUGGGCAAGGUCAAAGUUGACAACCAGCAUGACUUCCAGGACAUCGCAAGUGUUGUGGCACUGACCAAGACGUAUGCCACUGCCGAGCCCUUCAUCGAUGCCAAAUAUGACGUGCGUGUCCAGAAGAUUGGGCAGAACUAUAAGGCCUACAUGAGGACGUCAGUGUCAGGGAACUGGAAGACCAACACUGGCUCUGCGAUGCUGGAGCAGAUCGCCAUGUCUGACAGAUACAAGCUGUGGGUGGAUACAUGCUCGGAGAUUUUUGGGGGACUGGACAUCUGCGCAGUGGAAGCGCUACAUGGCAAAGACGGAAGGGAUCACAUCAUUGAGGUGGUGGGCUCCUCCAUGCCGCUCAUUGGUGACCACCAGGAUGAAGACAAACAGCUCAUCGUAGAGCUCGUGGUCAACAAGAUGGCUCAGGCCCUGCCCCGGCAGCGACAGCGGGAUGCCUCCCCUGGCAGGGGCUCCCACAGCCAGACUCCGUCCCCAGGGGCCCUGCCCUUGGGCCGCCAGACCUCCCAGCAGCCCGCAGGGCCCCCGGCUCAGCAGCGACCCCCACCACAGGGCGGCCCUCCACAGCCGGGCCCAGGCCCCCAGCGCCAGGGACCCCCAUUGCAGCAGCGCCCGCCCCCGCAGGGCCAGCAGCACCUUUCAGGCCUUGGACCCCCAGCUGGCAGCCCCCUGCCCCAGCGCCUUCCAAGUCCCACCUCAGCGCCCCAGCAGCCCGCGUCCCAGGCAGCGCCGCUGACCCAGGGUCAAGGCCGCCAAUCCCGGCCAGUGGCGGGAGGCCCUGGGGCGCCUCCAGCAGCCCGCCCACCCGCCUCUCCCUCUCCCCAGCGUCAGGCGGGCCCCCCACAGGCUACCCGUCAGACAUCCGUCUCCGGCCCGGCUCCGCCAAAGGCCUCUGGGGCCCCACCGGGCGGGCAGCAGCGCCAGGGCCCGCCCCAGAAACCCCCAGGCCCAGCCGGCCCCACACGCCAGGCCAGCCAGGCGGGUCCCGUGCCCCGCACUGGGCCACCCACCACGCAGCAGCCUCGGCCCAGCGGCCCGGGCCCCGCUGGACGUCCCAAGCCACAGCUGGCCCAGAAACCCAGCCAGGACGUGCCGUCACCCGCCACCGCCGCUGCAGGGGGACCUCCGCACCCCCAGCUCAACCAAGAAUUCAGAGAAGCUUCUGCCCAGGACUCUUCCCAUGAAUCCGACACUUCACCCUGGAUCCAAGUCCUCCCAGCCUGUCCCAGAUCUCGCCUCCCUGGCCCAGGACUCCACCCACUCCAUCUGAGUCCUCCCAGCCUCGAGAACCUGUUAGGGUCCAGGCCCAUGGUGGCAGAGCCAGCCCCGCCCAGGCCCAGCCUUAGCCAGGACGAGGUGAAAGCUGAGACCAUCCGCAGCCUGAGGAAGUCUUUCGCCAGCCUCUUCUCCGACUGAUACCCCACUCUGAGAACCCCAAAAUCCCUGGGCAACCCUUCUCUGGGCCCUGAAUCCAUUUCUCACUUUUGGAGUCUCCACAUCCCUUGAGAACCCAUCUCCCGGUUCUCCAAGAUUCCACCUCUCAUUCCUCAAGAUCCCUGAGUACCUUGAGAAACCUGACUCCUCCUGGCCGUAAAUCCAGUUCUCACAUGUGGAAUCCCCAAGUCCUUUUAGAACCCCACUCCUGGUCACUUCAAGAUCUACUUCUGUUUUAGGACCUCCAGAUUCCUGAAGACCUCCGACCCUGGUUUCCCCAGAGGGCGUUUUCCUUCCUGGAAGUGCCCAAAUACCAGGCAACCCAUUGCAAAAUCCCUUCCUGGAGCCCUGAAGUUCCUGGAAAGCCCUAUUUUUGGUCCCAAAUCUCUCCAACACACCUAUUUCCCAUCACAAUUUUCCAAAUCCUCAAGAAACCCCUACUGUUGAGCCCCUUCCCAUGGAUCUUCCAUCCCUCUGAAGAUCCACAUCUUCAAAUGCCACCCAACACCAGCCCCCUCAACCUCAUUCAAUACCUUGGGAGCUCCUCCCACUUCCAGGACCCCUCAAUUCCCCCAGGGACCCCCUACCCAGUUUCCUGCCUCUGACAGCUGUCUUUAAAUAUGCAAACUCCACCCAUCUUCCCAGAAUCCUUUGCACACGGAAGGCCAGUGGUCUCCGCUUCCCCACCUUUGCCGUGAUGUCUGUGUCUGUGACUGAUGUGGCCUCCUCUUGUGCCGUGCUUGGCAUAUGUGGUCCUCGUUCAUCGUGCCGCCUGUGGUGAUGCGUGCAGUGACGCUGUUUAUGUGGUCCGCACCUCCCCCUGACCUCCACUCCUUGCCUGGACUCAUCCCACCCCUCAGCGGCUCUGAACCCCAAGAGAAGAGUCGGGAAACAAAAUAAACAAGCAAAGGCCCAGCA